AUGGCCAAAAAGACCCGCAGCCUUCUUCAUGGGGAGAUCACAUACUCCUUCGCCAAAGACGAGGAGAUCAACAUCCUCCAUCGCCUAGGAUACGUCAAGCAACGCGCAAAGUUCUUUGAUGUCUUGCACCACAAGCGCGCCUGGAUGAGAUCAAUCGUUGCCCACCACCUUGGCGCAUCUCCCGAUGCAUGCUAUGUGGCUGGCCCUGGGGACUGGAUCUAUGGCAGCUUCAAUGUCUGUAUUCCGGUCACUGUCUCCUCAAGUUGGAGGAGGAAAAGGCAAAGGCUGAUGCUCCGGUUUCCACUUCCAUAUCGUGUCGGUGACCACUUUUGCCCGGGAAAUAGCGACGAGAAACUUCGAUGUGAAGCUGGGACCUAUGCGUGGCUUCAGCAGAAUGCCGCAGAUGUGCCCAUCCCACACAUGUAUGGGUUUGCUGUAUCAACUGGAGAGACAUUCACCACGGCCACCUGCUUGUCAUUCUGGAAGCGGCGGUUUUUUAAACUUCGGUGCCUAGCCCUGUCAUUGCUUGGUUGUCCGCUGCCUUCGCGCUACGUUCCCCAUCAGCCACAAAGUCAAGCCACGGAUAUUGGUUACCUUCUGAUUGAGUACAUCGAGGAAUCGGCCGGCCGGAUGCUUUCUAAUACAUGGAGUGAAAAAAGGCAUGAUGACCGGUUACGUGGGAACCUCUUUCGCUCACUUUCUCAAAUCUUGUUGAGCAUCACACGAACCCCGUUACCAUGCAUUGGAUCGUUUGUAAUUGAUAAUAACGGUUAUCUGCAACUCACCAACCGGCCACUAUCACUUGAGAUCCAGGCGCUGGAGAAUGAAAACAUUCCGACCGACAUGCCUCGCAAUUACACCUACUCGACAGUCGACUCCUAUAUCCUUGAUGUUCUAAGGAUUCAUGACAAUCGUCUCCUUCAUCAGCCCAAUGGAAUCAACAAUCUUGGUGACUACGGUGCCCAGGCAGCAGCUCUGACAAUCCUACGAGCGGCUUUGCCAUCCUUCUUUGACCCGGGCCUGCGUCGCGGCCCUUUUAUAUUGACGUUUACCGAUUUCAAUCAGAGCAACUUUUUUGUCGAUGAAGACUGGAAUGUGACCUGUAUUGUGGAUCUGGAGUGGAUGUGCUCAUUGCCUAUUGAGAUGUGCCGCAUUCCCCCAUGGCUGACAGACGAAGCUGUGGAUGAGAUUGCCGAACAGCCUGAAGAGUAUGGUCGACUCAGACAGGAACUAGUAGAUACACUUGCAGCGGAAGAAGCAAAGCUGCUUGGCCCAAACGAGGCGGGCGCCCAGCAGCAUCGUCUGUCAAUGGUCAUGAAUCAAGGUUGGGAACUGGGAACAUUCUGGUAUUCUCUCGCGCUUCGAAGUCCCACGGGUCUUCAAGGCACUUUUGGCUGCAUUAUCCCGGUUCUCAUUUCGCUUCUUCUUUGCGGCAUCGGCCGACGAGCUGAGCAGCGCCAUAUCUCUUGGGGUAGUUUUGACUCCAUAGUUCGCCUCCGGUUCUUCGUCGUCGUGUUACGCCAAGUAUGCAAAGCCAGGGGAUAAAACUGGGUUUCGCCAUAUCGAUUUCAAUGUUCCAGAUGCUAUUACUACUGGAAGGGGCGUUAACAUGAUACAAGGAUCCUUGACUUUAACUGCAGAAGAGCCCAGAGACUGCACAGAAGUCUUACCAGGAAUGCAUAACCAUCUAGAAGAUUGGUGGGGACUGGUUGAAGAACAGGGCUUAUCCACUGAUGGCUAUGUCCACUGCAUUAAGGAUACUAUGUAUACCAAAGACAAUGAGAAGAGAUUUGGUAUCAAGUGGACUGAUGUUAUUUGCAAGCCUAGUGAUGUUUGAAUUUCAAGCCCUCUGCUACCCCAUAGGACCUAUGGUCCAUGCAAAAAGGUCUGCUGCACUAUGCUACCCUGGUAUGUGGCAAUCCACGAGGACCAUGAACAUCUAGAGGUCAACAAAGCCAGUACCUGGUCCCAGCUCUCUGCUGCAUAUAAAGACCUAGUUCCAGGGCCAUUGUCACCAUCUGGCCAACUGUUACACAUCAGUUCCAUAUUGAUUCCCUACAGCCAUUCAAUUACAAGACUUAGCAGCUAUAUUGGAUGCAUUGGUAGGCUGAGUUAGAUGGGACAACCCUAUAGUAAUUGAGGAACUGGAUACCCUCUUUGGCCCAGAUGAGAAGAAGACCCAGAACUUCAUUAAUAACUGAUAUCUAAAGACCACAUAAAUUGCCCUGAAUGCUAUUGUCAAGAUAUACCAAAUUAAAAAGAGAGCUUUUGGUAACAAAUCCUAUUGAUAUUGUAUGUGGCACAACAACAUUAAUCCAGUGUCUGUUUGAUCUUCUCCUUCUCCUGAGAAUGUGGUGGAAGAAGAGAAUCAUGGUGAUCACUAUUAGAGAUUGCUAACAUCACUCUCUUUAUUCUUAUUUCCUAUGUCUUUUCUUACCAGAUUACCAAUUGCUAAUUCUUAUUCUCUUAUUUUUCUUAUUAAAUUGCUUACAUUUGUUGCUUUUGCUUUGCUUUAUAUGGUGCUUGUUGUCAGGGGAUGCCAACACUGGAGGUCAGGAGAAAAUGUAGUGGGGAUUCUGAUUUAGAACAAAGAUUGUUCUGGUCUGAGGCACAACCCUCCCACAAAGCUACUCUCUCUGAGCUAUAUAAACCACCCAUAGCCCCUACAUCUUGCCUAACAUCUUCACGCAUCUUUACACUUACACUACAUACUU